CCAAAACUCAAAGAACGGCAGCACCAAGAACAAGAACGAGUUUAUAGUAAGAAAUCAUCAGGACGCCGAUCACAAUCACAGCAAGUGAGCGAUCGCUCGAUCGAUCUCCUACCCGCUCUUUCUCUGUACUGCGUUAGUUGCGCGUGAUUCGAUUUGCGCUGCUCGAGCAAUGGAGAUGGCGAGCGCGAGGAGGACGGCGGCGACGAGGGCGAGGCAGAGCGACGACCAGAUCGUGGUGUGGGGCGCCUGCGUCCUCCUCUCCGCCCUCUCGCUGCUCCUCCUCGUCGCCGUCUCCUCCUCCGGCUUCGGGGCCGCGAGGCUGACCUUCGCUGCCGGGGAGAUCAGCGUGCUCGUGCGGACGAGCAGCAGCGGCGGCAGCGCCGUGGACAACGUCGAGCUCUGCGGCGCCGACGGCGACGAGUACGACCGCAUGCUCGUCGACGGCGAGUGGGUGCGCGACGACGCGCGGCGCCCGCUGUACGAGCCGUGGCAGUGUCCGUUCGUCGACGAGGGAUUCCGGUGCCGGGAGAACGGCCGGCCGGACGACGCGUUCGCCAAGUGGCGGUGGCAGCCUCGCCAUUGCUCGCUCCCGAGAUUUGACGCGAAGCAUCUGCUCGAGACUCUCCGCAACCGGCGGCUGGUGUUCGUCGGCGACUCGAUCGGCCGGAACCAGUGGGAGUCGAUGCUGUGCAUGCUCGCCACGGCCGUCGCCGGCGACGACGAGGCGUCGAUCUACGAGGAGAGCGGGAGCCCCAUCACCAAGCACAAGGGCGCCCUCUCCUUCCGGUUCCGCGACUACAACUGCACCGUCGAGCACCACCGCUCGCCGUACCUUCUCCGGCGCGGCCGUCCGCCGCGCCGCGCGCCCAGGCACGUGGCCUCGACGCUGCAGCUCGACGCCAUCGACUCCAGGGCUCGCCGCUGGAAGGACGCCGACGUCCUCGUCUUCAACACCGGCCACUGGUGGAGCCAUGAGAGGCUUCAGCAACUACACUGCUACUUCCAGGAAGGCAAGAAGUUGAGACUGGAUAUGAGCAUCGAGGCAGCCUACGAGAGAGCAAUGGGCACACUGACCGACUGGGUUCACCGGGAAGUAAGCUCAUAUAAGACCCUGGUCAUUUUCAGAACAUACUCACCGGCACACACAAGGGCUAGCAACAGCGGAGGCUGUGCCUCGGAGACACUGCCGGAGCUGAACUCGUCAAGGAUCUCACUCCAUCGAUGGCCAGGAAUGGUGACCCCGGCGUUCGAGAAAUCCGGCACGGCGGCGGCGGCGACGGCGGGGAGGCUGCAUGUGCUGAACAUCACCCUGAUGGCGGCGCAGAGGAGAGACGGCCACCCAUCGGUGUACAACGUGGCGGCGGCGGCGAGGACGCCGGCGGCGCAGAGGGCGGACUGCAGCCACUGGUGCCUCCCCGGCGUGCCGGACGCCUGGAACGAGCUCCUGUACGCUCUGAUUCUCAGGAGGUUUUCUUGACGCCCCAGUGGAUGAUGCCAUGACACAAACAAUUUGGCUCUAGUUCUUCUGCUCAGCAAUUUGGCAACACAGAGAUCAUGGGAAAAUCGAACUGUGACAAUAGUCAAUCACUCGUUAUGCCAUAUUUUCUUCUUUUUAUGUAAUUAUUAUCGUUAUUCGAUGCAAUUUCAUAUAUACGUUAAUGCUGUGUAAUAUUACUAUGAGAAUGUAUGUUCUUAGCUGGUUGACCACUUAUUUGUGAGAUGUCAAUACACCAAUAUUACUCGGUAUAGCG